AAGAUUCGGACCAGUAGUGGGCUCCAGAACGUCGUUGAAUCAACAAUCUCGUCUAGUGUGCGCGACGUGUUAAGUCUUUUUUACGACUAUAUUCGUAUUUAUAUUGUGUGACUACUGAUAUAUGCAACGAAUUAUUACUUUAUUUUAACAACAAAAUUAAACUUGGAUUAAUUCAACAACAAAAUGAACAUUACAAUUGUGCAAGCAGUAUGUUUUCUGCUUGCUCUAACAAAUACUUUAAGGGCUGAUAAUUCAGUUAGAAUAAGACGAGAACCACCUUCAAAUUAUGGUCUGCCAUCAAAACCAAAAACUUCGUAUGGACCACCAGUAUCUUCCUACGGUCCUCCUAGAGUACAUUCCAAACCUAAGCCAUCAUAUGGGCCACCAAAACAAUCUUAUGGACCACCAAAGCAUAAAUAUGGGCCCCCACCAAAAUCUAAAUAUGGACCCCCAAAACCAGUAUAUGGGCCACCAAAACCAGUAUAUGGUCCACCAUCUAAACCAAAACCAGUUUAUGGCCCCCCUUCCCCUUCGUACGGUACACAUUCUCAACUUAAUCCAACUUCAUAUGGUUCAACGUCAUUAAAAUCAUUUCCAUCUUUAACAUAUGAUUCUUUAUCAAAACCUUCUUCAACUUAUGGAGCACCAUCUUCUUCUUACGGCGCACCAUCUCCACCAUCAUCAUCAUAUGGAGCACCAUCUAUACCAUCUUCUUCUUAUGGCGCACCAUCAUCAUCAUAUGGAGCACCAUCUAUAUCAUCUUCUUCUUACAACGCACCAUCAUCAUCAUAUGGUGCUCCAACUUUGCCAUCGUCAUCUUACAACGCACCAUCUUCUUCUUACGGCGCACCAUCUCCACCAUCAUCAUCAUAUGGAACACCAUCUAUACCAUCUUCUUAUGGCGCACCAUCAUCAUCAUAUGGAGCACCAUCUAUAUCAUCUUCUUCUUACAACGCACCAUCAUCAUCAUAUGGUGCUCCAACUUUGCCAUCGUCAUCUUACAACGCACCAUCUUCUUCUUACGGCGCACCAUCUCCACCAUCAUCAUCAUAUGGAACACCAUCUAUACCAUCUUCUUAUGGCGCACCAUCAUCAUCAUAUGGAGCACCAUCUAUAUCAUCUUCUUCUUACAACGCACCAUCAUCAUCAUAUGGUGCUCCAACUUUGCCAUCGUCAUCUUACAACGCACCAUCUUCUUCUUACGGCGCACCAUCUCCACCAUCAUCAUCAUAUGGAACACCAUCUAUACCAUCUUCUUAUGGCGCACCAUCAUCAUCAUAUGGAGCACCAUCUAUAUCAUCUUCUUCUUACAACGCACCAUCAUCAUCAUAUGGUGCUCCAACUUUGCCAUCGUCAUCUUACAACGCACCAUCUUCUUCUUACGGCGCACCAUCUCCACCAUCAUCAUCAUAUGGAACACCAUCUAUACCAUCUUCUUAUGGCGCACCAUCAUCAUCAUAUGGAGCACCAUCUAUAUCAUCUUCUUCUUACAACGCACCAUCAUCAUCAUAUGGUGCUCCAACUUUGCCAUCGUCAUCUUACAACGCACCAUCUUCUUCUUACGGCGCACCAUCUCCACCAUCAUCAUCAUAUGGAACACCAUCUAUACCAUCUUCUUAUGGCGCACCAUCAUCAUCAUAUGGAGCACCAUCUAUAUCAUCUUCUUCUUACAACGCACCAUCAUCAUCAUAUGGUGCUCCAACUUUGCCAUCGUCAUCUUACAACGCACCAUCUUCUUCUUACGGCGCACCAUCUCCACCAUCAUCAUCAUAUGGAACACCAUCUAUACCAUCUUCUUCUUACGGUGCACCAUCACUGCCAUCAUCAUCAUAUGGUGCUCCAACUUUGCCAUCGUCAUCUUACGGUGCACCAUCGCCACCAUCAUCAUCAUAUAGUACUUCAUCUUUGCCAUCGUCUUCUUACAGCGCACCAUCGCUGCCAUCAUCAUCAUAUGGUACUCCAACUUUGUCAUCUUCUUCUUACAGCGCACCAUCUUUGCCGUCACCUUCUUACGGUGCACAAUCUUCUUAUAGUACGCCAUCUCAACCUUCAUCAUCAUAUGGUGCACCAUCUUCUUCUUAUGGUACACCAUCUCAACCUUCGUCGUCAUAUGGUGCACCACCAGCUACAUCAUACGGAGUGCCAUCAAAUAGUCUUUCAUCGUCUCCAUCAUCUUCUUAUGGAACACCAUCAUCAAGUUCGUAUAGUUCUUAUGCAUCGGUAAAUAAUAAUGGGAAUGCAGAUUUAACUUCAUUUAACUUAGGUAAUAUUUUUGGUUCCAAUACACAAUUCAGUGCACCUAUGCCAUCAAUUACCUAUGAAUUACCAUCAUCAAAUAAAGAUACUUCAAGAGUAACAUCAGUGACAUAUGGUUCUAUUAAGGAUGGAAAUAGCAUUCAAGGUUCUUACAGUACUUUAUCUAAUUCUGUGGCAUUUCCAGACUCUAAUUCUCAAUUAACAGUUGUAAAUUCUUAUGGAGAACCAGCUGUUAAAACUGGUCUAAGUCAAACAGCAACACUGUCUUUCAAUAUUCCUCAGUCACAAUUCAAUACUUUAAACUCAGAUUAUCAAUCAAUGUCAGGAAAUGAUUUACAAAGACGCUUAAAAGAUUCAUCAGAAGUUAUUGAAGGAACACCAACAAAUUUAGAUGAAAAAAAUAAAAUUAAUAGUAAAAAAGUUGUUAUUAAUGAUAAGCUAAAUGCAUACUUAAAAUACAUUUCUAAAACAACUCAAAAUCCUAAUACUAGAUUUCAAGCUCCAACUAAAACAUACAGCUUUAACUAUGAAGAAUCUCCUUCACAAGUUAACGAAAAUUUAGGUUUAAAAUCAGAUAAUAUUCCACUUAAUCAUAAAAACAAUGAACAACAAGAAUACAACACAAACAUUCAAAAUUUUUCAGAUAAUCAGUGGAAAAUAGUCGAACAUUUAAGAUAAGUCUAUUAUAAUAAGUUUUGACAUGAACAAUAUAACAAUAUUUGUAAAUAUAUUAAUAUUUUUAUUUUAAGCUUAUUAUUGUAUAGAAAUAUGCAGAAUUGAACCAAAUAUUUAUAUAAGUUGUUUUUACAUUAUUUAAGUGUAAAAACUAUACUCUUUUGAAAUCUUUAGUAUUAAAAUUUAAAAUUUUUAAGUUGCCAAUGUAUAUGCGCAAUUGAUUAAAUUUAAAUUUACUCUAGAUAUUUCAAAUAACUAGGCUUUUUGAAUGGAUUCACAUCACUUUGGUCACAAAACUAAAGAUUUAUAAUACAUAAGCUCAUGUAAUAAAAGCACACUUUUUGAAAAUAAAUUUUAAAAACGUGUGUUUUUUUUUCGUUGCAUUAAAAUGUAAAAUACUAUAUGAAGUACAUUUUAUAUACACUAAGAUAAUACUUCAUUUAAUUUAAUUAAUCUUAAGUAUUAUAUAUAAAUAAUAAUCAUGUGUUAUUUUUAAAUACACAAUAAUGUAACAAAUUGUUUUUUAUAAUGUUGAUGUACAUUAAAAUCAAAUAAAUUGUAAUUAUGAGUGAAUGUGACUAUUAAU